AUGGGAUACAGGGAGAUUGCGUUUAUUGAAGGUGAAACGAGACAGUGUCACCCACGUCAUUGUGUCGGACAAAAACACCUGUACGACGCGGGGUAUUGUCUUUGCGUGUGUAAUGAUGAAAGGCAGAGGAAGAGGUCUUUCUCAUGCCGGUGGUGGCGCCUUUGGCCUACGUCACUGAGCAGGUGGAAUUGGAAACAUCACCUGAUAUUCUGCCACUUGAGGGGAUGGCCUUCCGCACGGCGGAAGAGCAUGUUUUUGCUGGGGUCAAACACUCUCACACCCGAAGGGCUUGACAAGUUGGUUGAGGAGCACGCGGAAAAGGAGUUGGUGGGAUAUCUGAGUAGGUUGCGCGCGAUGCAUCCAGCCCCGCUGCCAACGUUUGCACUACCGCCGCCAAAGCCUCAAUGCGAAGGCCAGCGACCCCGUUGA